UUCAGGGCUUUGUAAUUAACCAUGGGAAGAAAAUAACCACAACAAAACUUUGUACUCUGUAAUGUUAAGUAAAUACCACUUUGAUAUGCUCACAGCCCUUUACGAAGACAGUUAUAAACUGAAUGAACUAAAUAGACCAUUAAGUUGAGAAAAGAAGUGUCAAAGCAUUUCUGGUCUACUAAUUUGCUAAUUUUUGGUGGGUAUUUAUGUAAGUAUAUCAUGGCUAAAACUCCUGAGUCGCUUGAACACAAAGUUUUUUCUUGCCUGCUGUCUGGUAUGUAGGGUAUAGGGAAAAAUUUAUGAGUUACCAUAUUCUUCUUUCCCUCUAUUUUAGCUAUUUUACUUCCGGCUUUAGCACUUCUGUUGAUAUCAGUCUUUGCUGCUGCGUUGUCCUUUAUCUCAUGAAAAUGUAGAUAAUGAUCACUGGAUUGAGCAAGUAUUUGUGUAGUUUUUUACAGGGCUAGGAUGAUGCUUUGGGGGUCUGCUCAUAGCUCCUUCAGAGCCACAGAGCCCUGUUUCUGCGGUACUACUGACCUGAAGUAAAUAGCAUGGUUUGCUCAUGGCUUAUGCCUUGAGGUAGUCCAAUUUAUUUAAGUGGCUUUAAAAACUAAAUUCUGGGCCAGGGACCUGAAAGGAUUUUAGCUAGUGAUGGCUAGAGUGGGAAGAAUAAUUUGAACGAACUACAAAUGAUCUUUCUGGGAGUUGUACUAGUAUUUCUUCAAUUGUCCACCAACUGUAACGCUUACAUAAAUCCUUUUAGAAGCAUUAAAAGAGUGCUGUGACAUGUGUAGUUACAGCAGAUAAAUUUAGCUCAUGUAUUUUAUCUACUUAAUCUGAUUGUAAUUUAUAUAUCUUCAGCCUAGAUAAAGCAAAGCCAUUUCUUAUUACCAAAUUUUUCUUUUUGUCAACAUGAUGUGAGUGGGAUAUUGACUUUAGCUGAAGGUUGGUGAUUAAUCACAGCAGCUUGCAGGGAGAUCGUUUAUUGCUCUGUGUAGCUGAGUGACUGCUGGUAGAGUUGUAAGUCAAUCAAGAUAAACCCAGGUGGGUUAGUCACUCUUGGAUGACGACAGAUGAUAUGAUGGAUUUAUUAACCAAGUUCCUUUUUAAAAAUCACUUUAUAUUCCUAGCAGGUGGAUUUGCAAAUAGAAAAAUUAUGAGUCGCCUUCAAUAGAAGAAUCUGUUAGUUUGUAGAGUUCAGCCAACUGAAUGUCACAGUAAAAGAUAAACUACCAAGAAGUAACCACUGGAACAAUUUAGCUCAAGAUUAAUCUUGUUACAUGCAAAGAGGGCUAUUAUGUUCUUAGUAAUUCAUGUGUUUGAUAGACUAGGAAGAAGAUAUUCAUUCUGAGUGUUAAUAGGAUUUUGUUUCUUAAACAGAGUUAAAUUGCGAUUUUUCAGGGGAAGUCGUGUAACUCAGACAUCCUUCUCGUACCAUGCCUGCAUCUGGCUCACCUUUCCCUCCCUAGACCUAGUAUAGUGUGUAGUUAAGAAAUCCACAGCAACUUGAAAGUAAACUUAGUAAAAGAGAAUGCUACAGAAGAUCCAUUGAGGAAAAAGAAAAUUUGAGACCAUGCCAAGGUUAAAUGCUAGUGAUUCCUGGGUUAUCUGUUCUUUUCACCAUUUGUAUCACUGCUUUUCUUUAUUAGAACAAGUUGAGAAUUAGCUAUCAUCCCUCCAAAAAAAAAAAAAACACAAAACCCACGGCUGGCAAGUCGAUUCUGACUCAUAGCGUCCAUCAUUAAGCUAUUUGGCAUAUGAAAUAGUAUACUAGUAAAUUACCCUUUGUAAACCAAGAGGUCAGCAGUUCGAAUCUACCAGGCACUCCUUGGAAACUCUUUGGGGGCAGUUCUACUCUGUCCUAUAGGGUCGCUAUCGGAAUUGAUUCGAUGGCAGUGGGUUUGGUUUUUCUUGGUUGGAAUCCUUACUUGAGGAGGUGGGAGAAUGAUGAUGUUCUUCUUUCACAUUAGAAAAAAAAAACCUUGCCGUUGAGUCGAUUUCAACUCAUAGAGACCCUGUAGGAUAGAACUGCCACAUAGGGUUUCCAAGAGCGACUGGUGGAUUUGAACUGCUGACUUUUUGGUUAGCAGCCAGUCACUUAACCGCUGUACCACCAGGGCUCCUAUUAGAAAGAUGAGACUCAAAUCAGAAAGGUGAGGUGCAUUCCAGAAUGUAGUACUCUACCCAUGGUCAGAAUACGUGUCAUCUGGUGAUGUUGGGAAACCGUAGUAGCAUAGUGGUUAAGUGCUGUGGCUGCUAACCAGAAGGUUGGCAGUUCGAGUCCACCAGGUGCUCCUUGGAAACUCUAUGGGGCAGUUCUUCUGUGUCCUAUAGGGUCGCUAUGAGUUGAAAUCAACUUGAUGGCAGCGAGUUUUUUGGUGACAUUGAGUUCUUAGCACCUGGCAUUCGUACCAGUUUUUGCUUCUUCCUUUUAGUCUUUUUAAGUUUAAGAUCUACUCCUUUUGCCCCACAUAAACUUUCUCCUUAUGAGAUUGUAACCAGGAGGCCUGUCCUUCUCCCUUGCAUUGCUUAUGCUGAUCCCCGUAUUACUCAAGUAGAUUUGUUAAAAUACUGUCAAUCAUUAAACUUUCUCAAAAGCACUGUUUUCAGAUUAAAGAAGCUUUUAAUAACCAAGAUUUGCCUGGGCAAAAUUCUAAUGUAGCUCCAAGAGAUAUGUAUAUUGUCAAAGACAUAAGCAAAAAAGAUUGAUAGUUCCUUGUUGGAAGGGGCCUUUUUGGGUCCUCCUUACUAGCCCCAGUGUAGCUAAAUUAGAAAGUAUUAAACCCUUCACUUAACCAAAGGAAAGUAAAUCAUGUUUUUGGACUUGCCAGCCACGUGGCCAGAAGCAGACGACAUCUGAACACAGAGCAAGACCUCAUGCAAAUUCACGUGGCUGAAAUUUGUGGACUUUGUUUUCUACCUACUGGCUUUCUUAUGCUGUUUACUGUAUUACCUCAAGUGGGCUUCAUUACCUGGUGGUUCUGGUAAUUCAAAUUAUUGAGAUCAUCACACUCUGCUUAGUACUAAUAGCUUUUGGAAUAGCUUUGUUUUUGUCAACCUGGGUUUAUUUCUUGGUAAACUUUAUUUUGGCAGACAAUGGAAGUAUUUUAAUUUUGCCUUGUGGUUUUAGCUUUUUUUUUUCAUGCAGGUAACUGAAGGAACUUACUUUAUUAUUGCUAUCAUUUUUAUGCUACUUACUUUGUUAUAUAAUUUUUGGAUAGUUUUCCUUUAUUAUGAAGGCCUCCUUUAAAGUUUUCCCUUUCUGCUUUCAAUAAUCCCCACUAAUGCUUAGAGAGCAUUAAACUUUGUUAAACUAGCUCCACCAGUAGCUAAUGGUAGUAACCUACCCAUCCCGAAGGUAGUAACCUAGCCGUUGGAAAUGUCAUCCUUCCCCAAAGUCUUUGCAUCAGAACUCAGAUCCAUUAGCGUCCCUUAUAUUGGAUUAUAGUCUUAUAACCAAUGUUACUGUUAACUUCAACAUCACCUUUAAGGGGGGGACAUAUGUGUUAGGCUAUGACAUUCUCCUGGAUUGUUAGCCCAACCUUAGGUGCCAUGCUUUAAUUCAAGCAGGCCAUGGAACACUUGAGGGUUUGCUUUGCAAGAUGCAGAGGUUUACGUGUUGUUUGCCAAAUUAGCUAUUUGUUCCAACAGGGAGAAUUCCCUAGAUACUUUGGAAUUUUAUCGAGUAAUGCAAAGGAAUUACCUGACUGCAUAAAGAAUGACUGAUGCCCCCUUUUUUACUAACUCUGGGACCCUCUAAAAGAUGGGAUGGUUUUGCAUUUGUAACAAUUCUUUAGCAAAACAUUGGCUCGAGCAGAUUAAUCAAAACAUUCCCUUCCCAAAUAUUUAUACCAGGAAUAACGUAAUUUGUGCUCCUUUUUUUUUUUUAUGGGUAUGUAUUUUUAUAUGGAGGACUGGAUUAUCUAUCCUACUAAAAAAAAAACAAAAAAAAAAAAAACAAGUAAUAAGCCUUACUUUUGAGCAUAGCCCUCUUUAGGUGGAUAUAACAUGAUGGACCAGUGCACCCUAGGCGUUUUGGGAGUUCCUUUACAUAGUCUUUCCCAUGAUGAAAGCUGCCAUUGGACUGGCAAUCUAAAACUUUUAGAAAGAAAAAUAUGUGUAAGAGACUAUGAACAAAGAGCACAGAGCACCAGUCCUUUAGCAGAAAACUCUGGGUAGGGCUGUACAUUUCCUUAGAGCUCUCACACAUAUAUAUGGUGUAGUAGACUUAGAAAAAUCUCUGCAUAAUCUGUCUGCUACAGUGACUAAAAUUGCAGAGGAUAUUGCGGAUGGAAUGGACACCCAAUAAAGAUCUUUACAGUCACUUGUCAAAGUAGUCCUAGACAAUCAAAUUUCUUUAGAUUUCCUUUUGGUCCAACAAGGAGUAUGUGCUGUUGCUAACACUGUAUGUUAUACUUGGGCUAAUUACUUCUAGAAAAGUUGAGCUAGCUAUCAGUAAAAUCCAUGGAGAAGCCAGUUGGCUUCACUCCACCACCCCUAUGCCUGAUUCCCACUUUCGAGACAUCUUUAGUUAGUUAUUGUCAUGGAUUGAAUUGUGUCCCCCCCAAAAUAGGCAUCAGCUUGGCUAGGCCAUGAUUCCCAGUAUUGUGUGAUCAUCCACCAUUUUGUCAUGUGAUAUGAUUUUCGUAUGUGUUGUAAAUUCUACCUCUAUGAUGUUAAUGAGCCAGGAUUAGAGGCAGUUGUGUUAAUAAGGCAGGACUCAGCCUACAGGAUUAGGUUUUGUCUUAAGUCAUUCUCUUUUGAGAUACGUAAGAGAGAAGUUAAUGGAAAGACGAGGUGACCUCAUAUGAAGAAAGCAACACAGGGAGCAGUGUGUGUCCUUUGGACCCAUGGUUCCUGUGCUGAGAAGCUCCUAGACUAGGGGAAGAUUGAUGACAAGGACCUUCCUUCAGAGCAGACAAAGAAAGCCAUCCCCUGGAGCUGGCACUCUGAAUUCAGGCUUCUAGCCUACUAGACUGUGAGAGGAGCCCAGGUGGUAAAGUGAGUAAGAGCUCAGGCUGCUAACUGAGAGGUCGAUAAUUCAAAUCCACCUGAUGCUCCCUAGAAACCCUAUGGGAUAGUUCUCCUCUGUCCUGUAGGGUUGCUGUGAGUUGAAAUCCACUUGAUAGCACCCAGCAACAACAACAGACUGUGAGAGAAUAAAUCUCUGUUUGUUAAAGGCAUCCACUUGUGGUAUUUCUGUUAUAGCAGCACUAGAUGACUAAGACAGUUACCAAGUAGAAUAGUGUCUAGGUUUCGUACUGUUAUACGAACAGGUUUAGUCAUACUGAUUAUUAUUAUAAUUAUCUAUUAUUAAAUGCUGCAUGAGAUGUAUGUUUAAUAGAUUUGAAAGAGCUACAAAUUCUGUACCCAUGAAAAGAAUUAUAUACUUAGAAAUCAGUUUUUCAAGUGAGUCUGACUUUACUCCAUAGAUCUUACCUCUCCUUAAUACCAAGUUGUUUCUCUUAAUUUGACUUCACUCUCAAAUUCCACUAAGAUGAACAAGUACGCCUGGACACUCUGACAAAAUAGCAUCUGAGGUCUAACAGGUUGAAAGAUAAAUCAACAAAAAGCCCUUGCAGAAGACGAGUUACUCCUUUUUGGACGACCUGAGACUGCUUGCCCUGAAGAUGAGACUCCAUAUGUAACAAGGUGAACAAUCAGUCCUGAUCAAACAAUCACAUAUAGAGAUUCAUGAUCACAAGGGAGGAAUGAAAAAGAGCACCUGAAAUUAAUAAUUGAGGCACCUGAUUAAUAAGAGGAGCCCUGGUGGCACAGUGGUUAAGAGCUUCGCUGCUAACCAAAAGGCUAGCAGUUUGAAUCUACCAGCCGCUCCUUGGAAACCCUAUGGGGCAGUUCCACUCUGCCGUAUAGGGUCACUAUGAGUUGGAAUCGACUUGAUGGCAAUGGGAUCAUAGCUAGAACUAUGUUCUUGUGCGAAGACAGACUCCAUUUUGAUUUUUUAGCGUGAGACUGAGGUUGUCAUUUCUGUUAAGUUUGCAGUGUGUUUGCUAGAUGAGUAACCUUUAGAAAAGAAUGGGGAAACUUUAACAAACAAUGGCACUUUAACUACUCUCAGCAAACAAUGAAGGAGGCAAGAACACCAUUUGUGAAGAAAUGUUUAUCAGGGAAUGUUUAUCCAGAGAGUCUUGAGAUAAUGUUUGGGAAGCACAAAGAAUGUAUCUGUAGCAAAAAAUUUCUUACUAGAUUAACUCCAGGAAAUCUGUCCGCUAACCUUGUGGAAGUUUAACUUGUUACUGUCUUAUAACUAUAUGUAAAUCCAAGCCUGUAUGAUUGUAACCACCUACACUUGUUUCUGUACUCGAUAAAAACCCUUUGUACCCUUAGUCCUGCAGAAAACUGUUGAGAGCCUCUCAACCUUGUGUUUCCCAAUUUGUGAAUUUUUUUUUUUUUCUCAAUAAAAAGCAGACUUUAUGAUUGGGCUCUACAACACCAAGCAUAUAAUGAGUUAAUAGUUAUUGGUCAGUUAACAGAUAUUUAUGAGCUCCUUUCAGACUUUUGGAUGGAUGUGUACAUUUGCUUCUUUUAAAUAAUUUUAAAAGUUUUAUUUUUUUAAAAAGAAUGUCACUGACAUUGAGUUGGUGGCUUUAUUUUUUCCUUAAGUAAAAUAUGGCAGUACUGAGUUUUCUGUUACAUAUUAUUUUGUGCACAAAAAUCAGGAUUGAUGGAUGAAGAAACAUAAGUAUAAUUUAGUUGCAAAUCAAUAAUAAUAAUAAAUCCAGUCUACUAUUAUAUAAGUUGGCAUAGUUGAUACUCUGUUGCUAGAUUUCUAUAACACUUAUAUACGGUGAAAUAAAUGCUUACACAGGCAUUAUACAUUUUAGAGACUGAACUCCUUGAAGGAAGGGGCCUUUUGUUAAUGAAUUUUAUAGUAUUCAUUAUAUAAUUGUGCUGAGUGAAUACAUUUUUAAAGUUUUCUCCUUUUAUAAUUGAUAAUAUUAAGUAUUGCAUUACUCCAAAGAAUAUUUAUAAAAUGUAUGUGUUAAGGUAUAUGGAAGGAUUAAUGAUGCAACUGAGUGAUUCCACCCAGAUUUGAAAAAGAACAUUGCUACUUCAUCUGUCUCUCCCGGAUCUCCUUCCCUUCUCCCACACUUCCAAAGUAGUGACUCUCUUAAAUUUUGUAUUUAUAAUAUAGAUUUUUUUUUUUUGUAUUUUUACUGCUCAUUUUUGCAUUCCCAAACAACUUUGUUUAGUUUUGCAUGCUUUUGAACUUUUAUAUAAAUGGAAUAAGACAGUGUUUUUCUGAGACCUGAUUUUCUUUCCUGGCUUUGUAGUCAGAGAUUCAUCCCCGUUGCUGCAUGUGGCUGUAACUUACUCAUUUGCACUGUUGUCUUACAUUCUCUUGUAUAAAGAUUAAUUGUACGAAGCCUAUUCUGCACUUUUUGCAAUUGAAAACACUGUUGAUAUGAACAUUGUUGGCUAUUGGCCUGAUAAAAUUGAGUAAGAUUUUUGUAAGGUAUGUAUCUAGGAAUGUAAUUCAUAGGAUAUGCACUUUCAGCUUUAUUAGACAAUUCCUACUGCUUUUCAGAAUGGUGUUUGUUACCAGGAUACAUUAGCAAUAUACAAGAGUUCUGGUUGUUCUACAUCUUCUCCAAACUUGAUUUUGACAGAUUUAAGUUUUGGCCAGUCUGGAAGUUGUAGAAUGAUACAUCAGUGCAGUUUUAAUUAGAGUUUCUUUAAUUACCAGUGAACUUGAAAAUCUCUCCACAUGAUUUUUUAGUCAUUUGGAUAUCCUUUCUGUCCAGUGCUUGUUUACAUCCCUUGCCCAUUUUUUCUUUUUCUUACUGAUUUGUUGGUGUUCUUCAUUAAUCCUUUGUUAGUUAUGUGUGGCCAAUACAAGUGUGUUAUGUUACGGUACAAGCUUGUAUAAUAGAGCUCACAUGUGAUGGAUAAAUAGGGGAUUUAUGUCAGCCAAGUUGGUUCAUAUUUCCCAAGUUUCCCAAGCAUAAACCACAUCUGGCUGCUGCUAACUGAAAGGUGCCUCAGGACAAAGGCCUUGUGAUUCACUUCCCCAAAAUCAGCCACUGAACUCUUGACACAGUUGGAGUUACCAUGAGUCACCAUGAGUCGGAAUCUCCACCAAGUAAUAGCAGCUGAAGGAGCCCCGCUGGUGCAGUGGUUAAAGUACCCAGCUGCUAACUGAAAAGUCAGCAGUUUGAAUGCACCAGCCACUCCAUUGGAGAAAGAUGUGGCAGUCUGCUUCAGUAGAGAUCGCACAUCGCCAUCAAGUUGGUUCCUACUCGUAGCGAUCCUAUAGGACAGGGUAGAACCAUCCCAUAGAGUUUCCAAGGCUGUAACCUUUAUGGAAAGGGGCCUUGGUGGUGCAGUGGUUAAGCACUCAGCUGCUAAACUACAAGUUGGUGGUUUUGAAUCCACCAGCCACUCCAUAGGAGGAAGAUGUGGCAGUCUGCUUCCGUAAAGAUUACAGCCUUGGAAACCCUACGGGGCAGUUCUACUCUGUCCUUUAGGGUCACUGUGAAUUGAAAUUGAAUUGACAGCAGCAAAUUUGGUUUGUUUUUGGUAAUAUCAGCUGAUCACAAACCUCAUUAGCACAGCUUAAUGGCAAUCAAAGAGAAGUACACAGACUGGACAGAAUUUCUCAUACGUGAUUUGACUGGUUCACGGACAGCACCCGCCAACUUACUGGAAGGUCCUCUGCGAGGGAAAGGCCCUAUAGACCUCAUUACAGUUGAUUCCUUAAUAGAACUUCAGGAUUCUCAGAACCCUUUUCAGUACUGGAUAGUUAGUGUGAUUGAAAAUGUUGGAGGAAGAUUACGCCUUCGCUAUGUGGGAUUGGAGGACACUGAAUCCUAUGACCAGUGGUUGUUUUACUUGGAUUACAGACUUCGACCAGUUGGUUGGUGUCAAGAGAAUAAAUAUAGAAUGGACCCACCCUCAGAAAUCUAUCCUUUGAAGAUGGCAUCUGAAUGGAAACAUGCUCUAGAAAAAUCCCUUAUUGAUGCUGCAAAGUUUCCUCUUCCAAUGGAGGUAUUCAAGGAUCACGCAGAUUUGCGAAGCCAUUUCUUCACAGUUGGUAUGAAGCUAGAAACAGUGAAUAUGAGUGAGCCCUUUCAUAUCUGUCCUGCAUCAGUGACUAAGGUUUUUAACAAUCAUUUUUUUCAAGUGACUAUUGACGAUCUGAGACCGGAACCUAGUAAACGCUCAAUGCUGUGCCAUAUGGAUUCUUUGGGGAUUUUACCAGUACAAUGGUGCCUUAAAAAUGGAGUCAAUCUCUUACCUCCCAAAGGUUACUCUGGCCAGGACUUUGACUGGGCAGAUUAUCACAAGCAGCACGGGGCAGAAGCAGCACCUCCCUUCUGCUUCAGAAAUACAUUAUUAAGUAGGGGUUUCUCAAAGAACAUGAAACUCGAAGCUGUAAACCCCACGAAUCCAGGAGAACUCUGCGUGGCCUCUGUCGUCAGUGUGAAGGGGAGGUUAAUGUGGCUUCACCUGGAAGGUUUGCAGACUCCUGUUCCAGAGUUCAUUGUCGAUGUUGACUCUAUGGAUAUCUUCCCUGUGGGCUGGUGUGAAGCAAAUUCUUAUCCCUUGACUACACCACACAAAGCAGGGUCACAAAUGAAGAGGAAGAUUGCAGUUGUGCAGCCAGAAAAACAAUUGCCGUCCACAGUGCCUGUUGAGAAAAUACCUCAUGACCUUUGUUCAUUCCCUCACCCUGACACUACAGGUACUGUCAACGGGAAAUACUGCUGCCCUCAGCUUUUCAUCAACCACAGGUGUUUCUCAGGCCCUUACCUAAACAAAGGAAGAAUUGCAGAGCUACCUCAGUCGGUGGGACCAGGCAAAUGUGUGCUGGUUCUUAAAGAGGUUCUUAGCAUGAUAAUCAAUGCCGCUUACAAGCCUGGAAGGGUAUUAAGAGAAUUACAGCUGGUGGAAGACCCAAACUGGAACUUCCAGGAGGAGACACUGAAGGCAAAGUACAGAGGCAAAACCUACAGGGCAGUGGUCAAGAUUGUGCGAACAUCUGACCAAGUAGCAGAUUUCUGCAGACGAGUUUGUGCCAAGCUAGAAUGCUGUCCAAAUUUGUUCAGUCCUGUGCUAGUUUCUGAAAACUGCCCUGAGAACUGCUCCAUUCAUACGAAAACCAAAUACACCUAUUAUUAUGGAAAGAGAAAGAAGAUCAUUAAGCCCCCAAUUGGUGAAAACAGCGUUGAAAGUGGCCCUCCUAAACCAGCCAGACGUAGGAAACGUCGAAAAUCCAUUUUUGUGCAGAAGAAACGGAGAUCUUCUACUGUAGACUUCACGACACUGUCAGGGGAGGAAAGUGAAGAAGAAGACCCAGAUGUCGUGGAAGAUGACACAGGAAGUGAGGAAACUGGCUCAGAGCUCCGGGAUGACCAGACAGACACCUCCUCUGUGGAGGUUCCCUCUACCCGGCCCAGGAGGGCGGUCACCCUGAGAAGCAGCUCAGAGCCAGAGCGACGCCCUCCGGUGGAGAGAACUCGGAGGGGCAGAAAAGCACAAACUGCCUCCUGUGCAGGGGAAGAUAAGUGCACGCCAGCCAAACAAGAAGGAGCAGAGGAAACAAAACAAGAGGAGGAGGAGAGACUUGUUCUGGAGAGCAACCCGUUAGAGUGGACGGUGACGGAUGUGGUCAGGUUUAUUAAACUGACAGACUGCGCCCCCUUGGCCAAAAUAUUUCAGGAACAGGAUAUCGAUGGUCAGGCACUGCUACUGCUGACGCUUCCUACAGUGCAGGAGUGUAUGGAGCUGAAGUUGGGACCUGCCAUCAAGCUGUGCCAUCAGAUCGAGAGAGUGAAAGUGGCUUUCUACGCCCAGUAUGCCAACUGAGCCCGACCUCUCAGGAGUUGGCCCAUGACCUUUGUGGUGCGGUAUUUUGUGAGAGUUUUCAGGACUGUAACUUUUAUUUUUCUGGGAUAUGUGAAAUGGUAUCACUGAAAAGCAAAAAGACAGAGACCUCCUUCAUCCACCAGCCUAUUUGAUAUUUCCAUGUUUUUAAAGCACACCAUAGUACCAUAGUAGUAGCUUCUGGAGAUUUUAAAUUAAAGUUCUGUGUCAGACCCUGCCAGAAUAUGGAAGAGCUUAUAUGUAUAUCCACAUCUUGCCUUUACCCUACCCAAGCCAGACAGCUUCCACUCAACAAGGUUUCCUCAACCAAGGCCCACAUUCCUUUGAAAACCAAGGCAAAGUUGGUGUCUUUCUGAAUGUGACCAAGGAGGAUACCUUGCUGGUAGUUUUUGCUAUAACCAUUCUCAGGCACAUUUAUAGAUGCUUCUUUCAUAUUGAUACCUGUGUGACUGGUUUAGUGACCUGUGCCGUCACUGCAGUUUGAUCUUCAUGGUAACUCAUUUCUCAGACACGCUAUAAUAUAAUUGGUGUUUCAGAAUGUAGUUAUAAAAAAAUGAACUAAACCUCCAUCGUCUGUCAGGGGUGCUGUUUAGGGAGGAUGGGGAGAGAAGACAGGCCAGCAUCUCAUUGCACUGAGACCGUUUUCUUGAGUGAUUCAAGUCUAGAAAGUCUAUAGAGACAAGUCCUCUUUGCAGACUUGAAUUGAACCUCAACUAUCUCUUAUAUUUUAAUUAUUACCAUAUCAGGGAGUAACUCCUUUAGUCUCCUGAGAGAUACUGAAUGAUAUACUGAAGGAAAAGCUUAAUAUCAGAGAGCAAGAAUGCGAAGAGAUUUAAGGAAAGCUUUUCAUAAACUGGUGCAUCCCUUUAGAAGGAUCACUGCAGCAGGUCACAAGAGAUUCCCUUUUAGCGCCACUUUUGUUCAGCUUUGGCACACCACUGAUACACUAGGAUAAUGAGGCAUGUGUUUCUGGCAUAAUGUGUCAUAACGAGCACUGGACCUGGAGCCAGCCCCGGUUCUGAUUCUGGCUUUGCUGAGGACUAGCUCUGUGACCUUGGGUACAAUUCAGUCUUCUCUAGGCCUUAAUUUCUGUAAACAGUUUGGAGUGUAGCAGUGAAUCCAUGUCUCCCCUUGACUCCAUCCUGCUCAUCCUUUAAGGGGAGACUCCAGAUUGGCCAAAUGAGAAAAUGAAAAAGGACGGUGUUGAACAGCUAUAACUGUCGUUCCCGAAGCUCCCACUGGCUUUGAGGUUACUUCUGAAAUGUCUUGGGCCAUGUUCGUUAAGCCAAGUUAAGACGUUUGCAGAGAGAUGCGUGGCUCUGAGGUUGGCUGGUCUUUUGGCCAAGCACUCCAUCUGUGUAUUUCCGUGAAUGAGUUCAUGUAUUCAUUUAAAUGCCGAUGCUUCCUAAUAGACUACUAUAAUUUGUUGUGAUGGUGGUUGCCUAAAAAAAAAUGCCUUUAUAACGUUAUGCAAGAAAACUAAAUCUUCAUAUUGUUCAGAAGCUGACACUAAAAGCAGAGGCUUCACACCCUUCUGUUGCAUUUUUACAAUCAUUACCUUGAUCUUUUCUCUUCGACUACAGUCUUGAUAAUUCCAGUAAUAUGUGGUGGGCUUUUAUUAGCUGCUCAUAUUUCUGCUACACUUCAAGGCAUUAGUGCCUAUCAGACUUGGAACACUUUGAUUACUAGUGCUGAUCUUGCUGAGUAUUCUGUUAGCUGUUCCAGAUGAAAAUAGAAAACAAAUAUUUUGUGGUUGAGGCUUUCUGGUCUCCCAUGUAGGUAAUUUCUACAGUCGUGGUUUAAAGACAAAUGGACUUGCCUGGGACCUCUGAUGGAAGGAGCAGUGUCUCCAACAGUGCUGGGUGCUGGCAGGUACCACUGUCAGGAUGGAAAUGCACGUGGUAAUCCGUGGUGGGCUUGCAGAUGUCUCCUUCUAAGGUUUUGAUCUUCUCUCAAUGUCCCACCCCUGCCUUCUGAGCCACAUGCUUUUGGCCUUAAACAGUCAGUCUUGUGGAGUUAAACUCUGUCAAAUGGUUGGAAAGGGUAUCCAUUUCAAGAUCUGUGGCAUUUUUCCAGCAUGGACUCCUUUCUUAUCCUUCACUGUGGCCUUUUCAAGCUGAGCUGUUUCUGUUCCAUUUGAAACAGGGAUGCAGGAAGGUGGUGGCUACAGCAUAACAUUGUAUUUUCAGAACGCAUGUCACCUUCUCAUGCCCUUUCAAGUCAUGGCACAGAGGAAGAGGUGCUAUGUUAGAGUAAAUAGAACACAGGAGAAUCUCUGAAGCCUGCCCAGAGGAGCUAGAGCCUCGUGCCCAAAGCCCUCAAGCAGGAUACAGCCACCCUUGCUGGAGAGCUUCCCACGGGGCCAAAUGCCCAAGACUCUCCUUGUCCUUAAACCUUACAGUUUACUUUAGCUACCUACACGACGCUAGUCAGUUCCUCACCUUCAGCUUUGUGUGUGAGUGGUAAAGAGGAGAUGGCCGUAACCACAGGCAGAAGGCGGCCCAGCUCUAGGUGUCAUCGUGAAGGUUAUCUAUAUGUAAUCUCCCCAGCCCUGAGGGAGAGCUAGGAAACAUUUUAGGACCAAGAAGAUGCUUUUCCUCUGAGUAUUGCCAGUGUCCCCCUGAGCUUAGAUUCUUUGGGCAUUUCUGUGAUCCUGGGAGUAUUUCUUCACAUCAGUAGCAAUUCUGUUACAAAAUUAAAAGGUUAUAGUUCCUUGAUGAUGCAAAAGUUUAAAAUACUCUUGGAUGCUAACCAAAAGGUUGGUGGCUGGAAUCUAACCAGAGGCACCUCAGAAGAAAGGCCUGGCGAUAGACUUCCAAAAAAUCAGCCAUUGAAAACUCUGAGGCGCACAGUUCUACUCUGAUACACAUGAGGGCUCCAUGAGUUGGAAUCAACUCAAUGGCAGUUGGUUUUACUGGUUAUUUGUUUCAGAAGGAUUCACUUCUGUCUUAAAGACAAGGCCAACCUCCAGGGAAUAUUUUGCAGUGUUGUGUCCAUGUCUCUUGUGACAGGGAAAAUUUAUUUUAUACGUAUACCCCAGUACCACCACAGCCCCUAAACCAAAACUUUCUUAGUCUGAAUACUCCAAGUGGUGUUCCACCAUCCCUUCCCUGUGUGCCACCAUUUCUUCUCUCUGAUAAUGCUUUGGGACCGAAUUCCUUUCUUCUCUGCACCCGGUCCUCUGUAUGUCAUGCCUCUCAUUAUCUCCUAGAACUGGCAAGAAGUGUGUUUGUUCUCCUCCCAGCCAAGCAGACACUUGGCAGUGUGUACAGCUUGAGAAACAGAAGUGCUACCAGAGCUUUGAUGAUAGGAGUCUAUCGCUUAAUCCCUCCCUAAAACUAAAGGAGUUUCUUCCCGCCCCUGAUUUCUGGACUACACAUAUGCUGUGUUGUAGAAAUAUCCUAUAUACAAAAUAUAAACAUAAAACCACAAAAGAGCAGGGUACUACUAGCAUUACAGAAGAAAUUCGUUGCUUUUUGAAAACACAGUUUCCUUCCCUACGAAGUUCUGGAGUUCCGUAGCGUGGAGAACUCACCUGUCACUUUUACAAUUAGAUCCAUUUGACUAAAGUUUGAUUCACACAGUGUUUGAGCUGUACAGCUAGAAGGUUGCUUUACCUUAUUUGAAAGAUUGUUUCCUGUGUUCUCUUUGAUUUGUUUCUUGAUCAAUGAAAAUGAUCCAGACUUUUAACACUGCCACCUUGGACCCUUACUGCAAUCUCUUGAAGGGUGAUUUUCAUCAGCCUUUUUGCAGAUCGGUCGCAGUUUCCUAGUUUGUCUCAUAGAGUUUUGAGCGUUGUAUUAGGCAAGUUCUGGGAUUUGCAUUUUAUCUUAUACCAAACACCCCUUUCUAAGAGCUGUUCUCCCUUAGUUUUGGAAGCACUAGGGGCUUUCAUACUCAUUUUGUAGAGCACCCAUUUAUAUUUAUUUCUGUACAUAGAACUAAAACAAAACACAGUAGUGUUAAAAUCUUCAUGCGGUUUGAACACCAGAGCUGCAUUUUGGCCAAGAUGAUGAAUCCAGGCUCCACUUACUCUGUCUUUAAUAAACUGUGAUCGAGCGUGAAAUUCUGUGAAGGGAAAAAUAGUAAAUUAAAGUACCUGAAGUUUCUAAAGAAGACAUUAUUGGAGAGAUACAUACUCCCUGUGUCGUUCCGGUGCAAUAAUUCAAUAGCAGGGGAAAGUAAUGUUGGCACCUGUUAGAAUUCAGUGAUACUCUUCUUUGUUCACUGUUCUUUUCUAUUAAAAAGUUUUCUGAAAAUCAUUUUACUUUGCUUAACUUGAUUGAACUUUAAAAUUGAUUGAUGCUCUUAGCUUUUAUAACUAGAGUUGUUUUUUAUCUAAAACCCAAUAUGAUAAAAUCAAAUUGCGCUAUAUUUGACCCACUUGAUUUACUUAAAAAUUACAACGGCUGACACAGGGUGUUGCCUUGGGUUGAGGUUGAACUUGUUUAAAUGAUAAAUAACAAUGCAAACAGUUUCCUGGGCUGUUGUUUUUCCACCUUAUUGGUUUUGUUUUAAAUGGCAAAGUUUUGGCACCAGUAAAUACGUAAGUGAUGUCACGUAACCAAGGCAGAGCAGUGCCAAAGAGACGCAUAGAAGAAAAAGUGAAGAUCUAGGACAGUGGAUUGCUGAAAACCAUCUUACAAUGGGAAAUGCGAGACAGAUUUUUUAAAUGAGAGAAAAGCACGAUUAUUUUGUUUCUUGUUCAAAAUGGGAGCUAGCAUGGGUUCUAGAAGCAUAAACUACCCCUAGUCGUGAAUGUUGAAAGCCUUUUACUGUUUUGCAUUACAGUUUGAAUAGUUUGUAUUGAAAUUUGAUUCAUAUCUUGUGUAUGUUUUGGUGUGUAAAAGGGGAAAAUUGGUGUUUUUACUCUUGAAAUUUACAGGAUAAAGGGCAUGUGAUUAGUUGCUGUAAGAUUGUAUUCUGUAUAUAUGUUUCCAUGUAAAUAAAUGAAAAUCUAUA